AUUACCCGUUAACAACAAUAACAAAUUAAUAACAAGCGCUAUACCAGGCUGCCGAAAUCUUAAGUGACCAACUUGAGUUUUGAAGAGAGCCUAGUGAUUUGUGCGUUGCGAGUUCAUCGUAAUCGCAGUAAUAUUUAAUUAUCGAUUAAUAUUAGACAGUAAAAAGUGAAUAAUUGUAUGCGCCUUUUGUGACAUUUUGUAGUAAUAUUAUCUGUGUGACGUACGGGUACGUAGUGUUCAGAUUAUAUCACCAACCAUAGCAACUAUAAGUUACAUCAGUUGUCAAUAAUGGCAAAUAACCAAGAAGCAAUGCAAGUAUGUUCUUUGCCUUUACCACCUGUGCAAUACUUCCAAAAUUAUUCAGAUGAAAACAUUAGGCGAGGUCGUGCUUCUAAACCCCCACCAAUAAUUCAAGAAACAUACACAAUGUUUGGAAACCCAUACAAUGCUGAAGAUAGUAUAAUAAGACCUUUAGAAAGUCAGGGUUUUAAACGCCUUUACCCUCAACAUUUUGAUAGACGGCGGGAAUUACGUAAACUUAACCAUUCAUUAUUGGUAAAUUUUCUUGACUUACUGGAUCUGCUAAUCCAAUGUCCUGACUCUCCAAGACGAGCUGAAAAAGUUGAUGACAUAAGUCUACUGUUUAUACACAUACACCAUUUAUUAAACGAGUUUCGUCCUCACCAAGCACGAGAAACCGUUCGUGUCAUGCUAGACUUGCAGAGGAGACAGAGAAAUGAAACCACAAUUCGAUUGCAAAAGCACAUAGAUAAAGUUAGUGAUAUUUUACAACAAACAUUAGAAAACUUGCCAGACACUGACCUUGAUUCUAAGUUAAUGGUGGACACAUCUAAGAUUGAUCGUUUAGAACAGAAAAAUGCAGAUGAACCUAGAGUUGACAAAUGUGUACCUAAAGAUAAAUUGAUGUGUCAUCUUAUUGAUACAAUGAAUACCAAUUAAAAAUUAAGACAGUUU